GCUUUUACGAAUAAUGUCAGAAUUUGACUAAACUCAGCUAAGAGAAUAAUUACUCUCAAGGAAUUAAAUAUUAAAUAUUUUUGCUAUUAUAUAUAAGUACGACAAAGGGAAGGAAUAAAUGGCAGACGUCGGCGUUUGGUAUAAUCAAUUGCCAAGAUUCACGCGAUAUUGGCUGACGGCCACAAUUGCCGCGAGUUUAUGUUCUAGGUUUGGCAUUUUACCGUUUCAUUAUGUUUACUUAUCAAGAAGACUAGUUCUUGGCGAAUGGGAGCUUUGGCGGUGUCUGACGAGUUUAGUAGUGUAUCCCUUGACAUCAGGAACAGGCUUCCAUUUCCUGAUAAAUUGUUAUUUUAUUGUGCAGUACAGUGGCCGCCUGGAAAAAGACCAAUUCAAUCGGAGCCCAGCUGAUUAUUUAUAUAUGCAACUUGUGAUAAGUGGAAUGGCAAUUGUCGGCGGCCUAAUAUUUAAUGUCAGCUUCCUAAUGGAUAUUCUCGUAGUUGCUGUAACCUACGUAUGGUGUCAUUUAAAUAAAGAUGUUAUUGUUACCUUUUGGUUUGGUAGCCGUUUUAAAGCUAUUUAUUUGCCUUGGAUAUUAGCUGGCCUUGAAUUAAUCUUUCACGGAUCGGUUGCUUCUCUUAUAGGCAUUUUUAUAGGUCAUUUGUACUACUUUCUCAAAUUUCAAUAUCCGCAAGAUUUGGACGGCGGCAAUUUCCUUGAAACUCCAAGAAUUCUAAAACGUUUUGCGCCAGACGUCAGCGGUAAUAUGAGUGGUUUUGGAGUGCCGCCAGCAAACAGAAACAACCAGGCAUCGCCUGGGGGAUUUACUAGCAAUUGGGGUCGUGGAAACAUAUUGGGUCGUUAAUAAUUCUUCAUUUUAAUUUAUUUUCUCAUUCAUUAUUUUUGUAUUUUCUAAAAUGUAUAUAACAAACAAAACCGUAUUCAAAAGGCAUUUUUUGAA